AUGUGAUAGCUUGGCACUCUUCCGUGGUAGGCUAAAACAAACGCUGACAUAGGGGGUGUAACUUACGCGAGAGAAGUGUCCAGGAAGUAGGGGCCGGGAACGACGUUGCAAGGAGGCCGUAAGCCCUUUCCUGAAACCUAUCAGGUCGUAUCUGCCAGAUUUGUGGACGUGGUUUCAAAGAAGCAGAGGGGAGUGACUGCUCAUACCAUCCGUGAUCUAAGGAAUAGCCACGUGUACAGGAACUGAAAAGACAACCCCGAAUCUCUCGGAGCUAGCUAGCCAGGCUACCUACCAAUCAAAGCUCAGGGUGCGUUUGACGCAGGCGAUGCAUCCCAUCCUCCGCUAGCUAACUAGCUAGCUCUUAGGUGUUUCAUCAGAUCGCGUUAAUCAUUUGCUGCGCAGUGCGGUUCCUUCAGUGUUCCCAUUGGAGAGUUCUGUGUGACGGCGAUGGCGAGGAGGAGAGUUUGGUCCGGGUGCGUGGGGCCAGUGUACCUGGCCCUAGUGGCUGUGCUGCUCAGAGCGGACGUCCAGGCCCGGCCCGCUAACAUGUCGGCCCACAAAGACAAAAAUCCCAACAGCAAGGAGGAGAACGAGAUCCUGCCCCCGGACCACCUGAAUGGUGUCAAACUGGAGAUGGACGGACACAUCAACAAGGACUUCCACCAAGAGGUCUUCCUGGGUAAAGAUAUGGAGGAGUUCGAGGAGGACUCCGAGCCCCGGAGAAAUAGGAGGAAGCUGAUGGAGAUUUUCAACAAGGUGGACUUUAACCGUGACAAAAGCGUGAGUGCCAAGGAGAUGCAGCGUUGGAUCAUGGAGAAAACCGAGGAGCACUUCCAGGAGGCCGUCAAGGAGAACAAGCUCAGCUUCCGGGCUGUGGACCCAGACGGAGACGCUCACGUGACCUGGGAUGAGUACCGGGUGAAGUUCUUGGCCAGCAAGGGCUUCAAUGACAAGGAGAUGGCCGAAAAGAUAAAGAACAACGAAGAUCUGAAGCUGGAUGAGGAGACCCAGGAGGUUCUGGAGAGCCUGAAGGACCGCUGGUUCCAGGCAGACAACCCUCCAGGUGACCAGCUGCUGAACGAGGAGGAGUUCCUCUCCUUCCUCCACCCGGAGCACAGCCGCGGCAUGCUCAAGUACAUGGUCAAGGAGAUCGUCCGUGAUCUGGAUCAAGAUGGGGACCAGAGACUGACCCUGCCCGAAUUCAUCUCCCUGCCAAUGGGAACGGUGGAGAAUCAACAGGCCCAGGACAUUGAUGACGACUGGGUGCGCGAACGCAAGAAGGAGUUCCAGGAGGUCAUUGAUGCCAACCACGACAACUUCAUCACAAUGGAGGAGCUGGAGGAGUACAUGGACCCGAUGAAUGAGUACAACGCCCUGAACGAGGCCAAGCAGAUGAUCGCCGUCGCCGACGAGAACCAGAACCGCAGCCUGGAGCUGGAGGAGAUCCUGAAGUACAGCGAGUACUUCACGGGCAGCAAGCUGAUGGACUACGCCCGCAACGUGCACGAGGAGUUCUGAGCAGGCGCCAGGACCGCCUCGCACGCACACGCCCCGCCCAAAACCACCCCCAAAUCGCGCCUUCGUCCCUCCGCCCCUGGUCUCGAUCGACGACAUCGCUGAUUUGAUUUGGGAGCGCCCAGAAACAAAUCGCCUAUUUGGCUCCCUAAUUUACCCCAGAAAUGUCUGAUGUGGUUUACCUGCACACGGAAGUCUUGUGGACUUCUCCGUGUCACGUGUUUUCUUUGGAUUCGAGUGCAUUUUUACGCCCUGCACAACCUUCAGAAUUAAUUUUGUACAGUGUAGAGUGGUGUGUGUGUGUGUACAGUAUAAAUCUAUAUAUAUGUUUAAGUUCAGAAGUGAUUAUAAUUGCCAUGCCUGAGAGCCUGAAUGGUGUUUCUGUAUGAAGAGCUGAAGAGGUGAAAGCACAUACAAGUUAGCAAUAGCAGCCUAUAGCUGACUGCCCAUUUCCAGACAAGUAUUUGGACCUUUUGGACCAGUGUGAUUUAAGGCCAUUUCCAUCAUUCAUUAAUCCCCCCCACUCAAAUCUUUUCUGUUGGGACAUACACAGGCACUCGUAUUUUGGUCUCCUUAUUUUAAAUGUAAGUGGAGAUGCAGGAUUAUUUUGGAGACAUUCAAACGCAUUGGCACACAAAUGCUUAUCGGUGAUGUGGUCUUCUCUUUAGUCCCAUAAAGCACUCAGUUCUGUCUUUGAGGCCUUAAAGGACUCAGUCCCAUGUAAAUCCAUAAGCAUUUACAUUUCUGUCUUUGAAGAAAUGUCUUGUCAUUAUUUGCUCACUGUUUUGUCUUCAGUUCCGUUGCCGGUGGUCUUUCAGGCCACGAGUGCUCAAUUGUAAUAUCUGGUGGCUGCCCUUAUCAGUCUGUCCAUAUCUCUGUUUCAUUACAGAAUUUGAGAGCUUAUUUAUUUUUCAGUGCUCAUGUGUCACAGUAUCAGUAUAAUAAUAACAUACAGAUAUCACUGACUGCUCUCCCAGAAUUAACAUCUGAAAAAUGUUUUUCCAGUUUAGAAGUCGGGGAAGCUGCAAUGUCCAAGAUUGUGCUGCAGGGAAAUGAAAUUGUAUAUGUAAAUAGAGAUUUGGAAUGAAAGUAUAUACAACCCACAGUCUUAACGAUUCGAGCCUUGUUAAUAUCAGAAUUAAGCAAUGAGUUAAUUAUGUUUAUUAUGUGCAAAUGGCAUUUCUAGUGCAAGUUGAUGCAGCAAAGGGUGCUGGUAACAUGUACAGUAUAUUUUUUUGGUUGCUAUUUUUGCAUCAGUGAUUUUGUAAUCAUUUUAAUUUUUCAGACUUUUUAUUUGUGAUUUGGUGCAGUAGCAAACGUCCUUCCAACUUGCUUAUCUGUAUAUUUUAGAUUUUGUUGGCGCCAUUAAAGGUUGGCUUAGUUUUACCUACUUGCAAAAUGACGGCUUGUUUCAGUAUAUCGCUUUUGUUUUAAUCUUGUGUCAAGGACUCACAACUUAUCCUGUGGAAUUGCAUUAAUUGGAAAUCGCAAAUACAUUUCCUUCAACCGUCCUUAACCCUUGUGAUGCAGCUUUCCCAUUACGCUGUUUUGCAGAUUUACCAAGAACAAUAAAAACAUUUCUCCCGUA